GUACCUGUUGGAGCAAACCGUGGACGCUCCGUGACUAAUCAACUUUAUCCGUAGUAAUCCGCAUUAAUAUUCGUGAUUAGCGACGAGUCGUCGAUCGUUUGGAGGUCAGUCCGUGAAAGUACAGUUCGAAAAGAGAAAGAGAGAUCAUUCGCAGUGGAUCCACGCUUUACUCGGAUUUCCCAGAGAUUUCGCAUCGUUGAAAAAAGAAUGGACACCCCGAGUGGCGCGCUUUUACUUCACUCGUUGAACGGCAAAGAUCCGCUAACGUCACGAGGAAGUUCCGGUAUUUCAAUCUCAAAAGAUUGGAUAUUAACACAUGGUACCUUAUUGAGUCCGAUCAUCGACAAGUCUCAUGCGCUAUCAAGCUUCAUUAAGAACAUAUCAUUAGGAGAGCUCACGAUGAUGCCAAGAAAAUUUGCGAGCGAGUUGAGAUUUCGAGUGUAUCGCAAUUUAGAGAAAGAAACGAGCAAUCUCUCUCGUACAGACAAUAAUGUGCGCAUUCAGGAGCAUUUCGGUACGAUCGUGACUGUCUGGAAGUGUUCACUCUUGAAGAAGACCUUCGACGAGUUCUUCGAAACGUGGAGUUUCUCGAAGUCGUCCGAUCACGAUCGGCUUCUGCGACCGAUUUUUCUUCUCAUCCGCAUCUCUGAUUCCGACGAGUCGAAUGUGGAAAUUCCAACGAUUGAACAAGUCCUGUUUCGUCUGCUGGACCGAGCUCUGCGUAAUCCUGUCCGCGGAUCGUCCGUGGAAAUCGAGUCCACGCCCUUCGGCAAUCCCGUGUUCAUCGACUCGAUCGCGCGGGGUGUUAUCAGCAACGUCGUCGGCGAUGAGAGCUGCGUCAUCAUGACGGACGCAUACGCGUUUCCUGGUGGCGAGGGUGGUCCCGUCUACGUCAUCCCGCCGGACUGCAAACGUAGAAUUAUCAUUGGGAUGGUGAUUGCGCCAUUGAGUUGGUGUCGCGGAGAAUGGGUGGAUUACACCUUUGCCGCCAAUCUUGCACCGUGCUUGUUCAAUAUUUUACGGAAGAAUCCUCCGAUUUUGGAUCAUGCAUACCACAAAAAUGAAGCGUUAGAUGCAGGCGUCGUGCUUGUUAGGUGUGGAAUUAGUUGGGGCACAGGCAUCCUCGUAGAUAAAGACACCGGCACAUUUCUGACAUGCUCACACGUCGUCGCGGAGGCUCCAGAAAGGGAGAUAUCAAUCGUGAUGAAUACAGAUAAGCCCAAUUUACGUAUGCGAGCAAAGCUGUUGUACAGAACUCCGGAGGAUCAGCCUUAUGAUGUCGCUGUAUUGAAAGUGGAUCUACGGGAUUUGGAUCCCUCAUUGAGAUCCGUACAGUUGUCUCGUGCUCCGAUUUUGAAAGGCGAGCCGGUGGUUUCCGUGGGAUUUCCGUUCUCCUCGUCCAUCCGGCCGACCAUCAGCAGCGGCGUGGUGUCCAAGUCGCUGGACUGCGCGCUUCUGACGACCUGUUGCGUCCAAAGCGGCACCAGCGGCGGGCCGAUAAUCAGCCAAGCAACCGGCGAGAUGCUGGGAAUGGUCGUGUGCAACGCACUUUCCUCGGACGGCACCGUGCUCUACCCGCGGAUGAGCUUGGCGGUGCCGGCCGCCGCGCUGAGCGGGCCCCUGCGGGAGUACUUGCGCACUGACAAUCGCAAUGUGCUUCGAGCUUUCGCGUGCGACGACGCGGCAGUGCGUAAGAUUUGGAAUUUCUAUCCUAUUUUGCCGUCUAAAUUGUGAACAGCUGGUACAAAAGGUUUGGUAGAAAAGAUUUAAAAUUUACAUUUAUGCGAGAAAGAGAGAUAAUUAUUUGGUCGAUUUGCCAAUCAAUUUGCAUUAUUUGAACUAUUUGUAUCGCAAAUCAUGUUAAACGAUCUGUAUUGUGAAAUAUUUGCUUGUUUCUCGAUCUGCCAAUCUUGGGCAGCAACAGGCUGCGAAUAUAAUCCUGCGUCGAAUCUCGUUGAAUAACGCACGCCAUUGACCGAGUUUAAUGCAAAGAGAAAGUUUUUCGUGACGUCAAGUAUAAUGAUCAGUGCGCAAAGCAACGCGAGUCAACGAUCUCUUCAUAUAUGCUGAAGACUUUGCUGAUAAAUAAUAUUAUUCAUUUGUGUCGUAUAUUGAAUUUUGAAGUGGCGUUUAAUAUUGCUCUUGCAAAGACUGCACUUACCUUGCCACUUAAGAAAAUAUGAUUUUUAUCAUUUUUAAAAAUAUAUAUCGUGAAGUAAUUGCGAUAAUUUUAUAUGACUUAUAAUAAAUUAUUAUUUGCCAUAUGAUGCUAAUUCUUUUUUGAAAUAGAAUGUAGCAUACGUCUCUUUCAUCUAAAGUAUACUCGUUUCGCCAUCUAACAAAUACUCACAAAACUAAAGUUUCCACUCCUCUGCAAUAUCUUUGAUCCACAUUCACUUCCCUUACUUUACGCUAAGCGUAAAAAUUUUUUUGUUUAAUAUAAAAAUUUUGUUGACUAUAUUUACAAGUUAAGAG